AACAAAGUCUACGUCAUUGUCUGUGUAAGUUACACGACACAAACUCUGACCUUUUCCCAUCCAAACUAAGCAAGUCAUAGAAACCGACAAUUGCCAUUGGCGACAUGUCAACGGAGAACUUACUAAAUGUUGUUUUUGGUGUUUUAGGUUCAGUAGCAAUGUUGGUUUUAUUUGUUCUCAACACCCUUCAUUAUUUGGAAGAAGACUGUUCGACGUACUUACUGGUUAACGCCCUUGGUGCACUUUUUGCUUGCUUGGCUGCUGUCUUUGUCAAAUAUUGGCCUUUUAUCGCGUUGGAAGCCAGCUGGACGUUAUUUUCUUUAAUUCGCUUUGGCAUCAAGAUAAUGAAACCAAGAAAGUAGUUGAUAACGAAGCUGAUACAGUUAAGGUCUUUUGGUAUUGCAAGUUUUGUCGAUACUCUCGCAGUAAGCAAGGAAGUGCUUGUCCUCUUGUCGGCCUCGCGGGUUUUUUGAAGAAUCUUGUGUUUGGGAGUUAAUAAUACCGCAUAUCUUUUUGCUUCAAACAUAUAUAUUUGCGUUUAAAGCAUAUUGUACAGCUGUGCAACCAAACCUUUUUGAAAAAGAACAACAUCCGUGUAUUUCAGGACCAACGCUGUUUAGCCUCAUGACCACUAUUCUUGUAGUUUUUGGGACUAUCGAAACUUUUGUUGUUUAUUCUCGAUUCCCUAGAAUUGAUAAAAGAAUACCUUGUACUCUAUGUUAUUGAAAUCGAUCUUCUUCAGACAUAGUUUAUAUGAUGAA